UGAGAGAAACACUUGAGUGGGUGAGAUUAAACACUUGAGAAUGUGAGGUUUUAUUUUCUAACUUUUGUGUUGAGAUUUUCAGGUUAUGAUGUUUGGUCUUCAAAGGAAAAGUAGCAAGGAGAAAUCCCCACAACAAACUAUCUCUCAAUCUUCAUUUAAAUAUUCUUUGAAUAAUUUUGAUGAGUUUGUUAGUGUGCAAGAUAGGUCAAACAGGAGGUGCAAUGAACCUUUCAAGUCGUCCCAAGGUGAAGCUGAUCCAAAGAAGCGUUUGCUUCAGUUUGAUGUCCAAGAGUUUUGUGAUAACUUUGUGGAGGAAGUGGUGAAAACCCUCAAGGACGUCAAUCAGAACCAUAAGAAGAGCACAUCCACAUGUGCACCUGUAGCGGAGCCAUCCUUAUUCAUCAGCAAGAAAUCCAAAGAUAAAUCUGAAACCCAUGUUGAGGAAUUGAAAGAUUUUUCAAAUUCUUUACCCAUCUAUGAUGAAUAUGAUGAAGAGCCAAUUGAAAGCUUGUUUUCUUGUGAGAAAAAUUGUGAUCUUCCUUCUCUUGAACCUGAGUUUGUAACUGAUAUGGAACAUGCUAUUGUAGAACUAACCAUUUUGCAACCGGAGCAUCCGAGUAGUCUUGUUUUCUCUCCACAGGGUUUGGAGGAAGAGCCACUAGAUUUACCACAUCAAGGACCAUGUAUUGACACUAGGAUAUCUUUUGAUAAAGAUCUAGAUCCUAUCUUUGAUGAGGAGGAUGAACCUGGUCCAGUCUUUGAUGAAGAAGCAACAAACAUCACAUCCAUCGCUAUGGAGAGCCAUCUUUGCUUUGAUCCCGGCACAACUCCUGCCCCUUUGUCUUUUGAACUUCAGGUACACUGUGAGCAAUCUGAUUUGCUUAAUUCUCAGCCUGAUAUGUUUGUUAAGAUCAGUUCUCUUGAUGUGAUUCGUUUUGGUCUUGAAAAGGUGAAAGAUUUUUGUGUUUCAAAAUCUGUUUUUCAAAGAAUGAUGAAUUCUUUUAAAAUCUUUGAACCUGAUGAACUUCUUGAUCAACCACAUUUUCAAAAAGACAACAGCAUCAAUUCUAGAAUAAUCUUGAGUUUUGAUCAGUUCUUAAAGCAUAGCAAAUGCUUUGAUCGAUUUGAAAAAUCUCUUGAGCUUGAUUUGAAACAAACUGGUUUUUGUGCUAGAAAAUCUUUUGAUUCGUUUGUUUUCAAAAAGAAUAGCUUUGAUCUGAGUUCUUCUAAAGAUGCAAUGAUCACUCAUAAUUUGAUUUCAUCCUCUUGUGCAUUGGACGAUUUCUUGAUUAAAAAGAUGUUGGAACAUAAAUCACUUAAAAUUGAAAUUGAUUUUUGUGAUCUUGAUUUUUGUGAUUAUGUUUUGCAGCUUGAUCUCUUGAGUUCUGAAACUGAUAAAACAUGGCAUUCUCUGAUAUCAAUUCUUGAUAAUUGUGUUGUUUUGAGCCUUGAUGAUAUUUUGGUUUACAACACUUUCUUUGAAAAACAUCUUGAGUCUUUGAUAGUUGAUUCUCAUUCUGAAUUUAAGCUUGUGUGUUCAGAUGUUGAGCAGGAUAUGCAUGUCUUGAAAAUGAAUACUAUUGUUGCAUAUCUUGAUAAAAUUCUGGUCUCUAAUGUCUACUUUGAUGUGCAUCUUGACAAGCUGAAAUGUGUGCUAUUUGUUCUUGGAAAAGAUAUCUUGAUUUUUGAUUUGAACAUGUAUUUGUCUUGCACAUUUGAUCUUGGUCUUUUAGUGUUUGUUUUGAGUAUCCAAGAAAGACAGGUUAAGCCUCUGAGAAAUGAAAGCAUUGACCGUGCCCAACAGCCUAAGAUUUGGAGAAGCUUUGUUGUCCAAACCGGCUACCGUGGAGAUGCCAGCAACAGGGGUUCAGUCCAAAAAGGAUAUCUCAACAUUCAGAAAGUUUUUUGUCAGGAAUCCAAUUUUCCUGGAAAUCCAACUCACCAAGGAUUUCUUGGAAUCACGUGAAACGCUUAACGGAGGAAGCAGUUAUGAAUUUUUCAAACCGGAGGUUCUCCAGUCCGUCUAUCCGCGAGUACCAGACUUCUAAAGGAGAUUCAGGUCCAAGAAAAAAGCGGCCUGAGCCAAAACCGAUCCUCAACGAACCAAAGAUGUUUCCUCAGUCAACCUCCUGUCCAAACCAAAAGCACUUUGUUUUGAAUGAACAUGAUAAGCAUGAUCAUUUUCCAAGGAGAGCAAGCACUGGCGGAUGCCUAAAGACUUGUGUUCGUGGAACAUGGAACCGGACAUACUUGAGGGAAACGAAUUCAAACCUCCAAGGAAGUUUCUGUCCAAAAUAUUCCUUCAUUGAAUUUUCCAUGCAUUUUAAAUCCUUUGUAUCUGAUUUAUUCCCUUUUGAUACAGGUACAAUGGAUUUGAGGACAAAUCCUUUUGAAAAGGGAGGGAAUGAUGUGCCGCAGUCCACGGAUCAGUGCAUGGAACCAGCUUAGCAUAGAGUUCAAGACGUUCUGAACAUUUCAACCGAGGUUCAUGUUUUUCACCAUGCCAGACUUGACUUGGAUCAUGCCAGACUUGACGUGGAUCAUGCCAUACUUGACUUGGAUCAUGCCAAACUUGACAAGGAUCAUGCCAGACUUGAGAAAGAUCAUGCCAGACUUGACUUGGAUCAUGAGGUUUCACAAAAUGAUCGAGACUUCUCUCUUUUGGCUCGAUUGGCUCGUACCGCAUGUACCAACGACAGUGCUGAUGAUCUCUCUACCUUGUUCGAUGCGAUCACAGACUUUUCCUUUGGAAAUUUCUCUAAGGCAAGGGUCCUUAAGCUAUCAGAAGACUUGGGAUUUGUUGGAACGCAACUUGUCCGAUCAGAACGCCCCGCAGCCUUAGCAGAAUGUCCCGCGGCCCUUGCUGAUCGUCCCGCCUAUGUGACUGUCCUUACUGCCUUGGACUUAGCCGGUUCAGAUGCAUCUUGAUGGAAGCCGAUCAGUCACAUUAAUUAAUCUUCUCUUUAUUUCCGUGUAAUAACUAGAUCUAGAUCUAGAUCUACUUUUCAUUUAAUUCCUAGAUCUAUAAAACUCUAUAAGUAUGAAACUCUUUUCAUUUUAAUAAUUAGAAAUCGUUUUUGUCUAAAGUUUGAGUUAAAUUCUUUGUUCUUCGUUUAGAACUUGUUCUUAGUUUCUUGGUGAGUCAUAUCCAAGUAAACACCUCUCAAACUCGUUGGUCUUAUGAGUCAUAUGAAGCAACGGUUCGAGAUUCUUCUUUUGGUGGUCUUGUGAGUCAUAUCAAGCACCAACUGAAGCCGGGAAUAUCGAAGACCUUUCCGCAACCUUCGUGCGACCCUUCAAUCCAUCCAGUUCUCCAUCCGGAGUUCAUAUCCAAAUCUGAUCCAUUCGGGUGAGCCGAUCUUAGGGUCCUUCAUGACUUGUAUGGUAGGAAUCGAGCAUCUCUUCGAGGACCAUUUUUAAGUCUCCCGAAAGUGCUGACCAAAAUUUUGGAUUUUUUAUAUAGCGCUAUUACCCUUGUGCCGGGUGUACGAGAGUUAUCUCUACGAGAUGGCUAAGUCUAUUUAGGACGUUAAGAGUUUGUUGUGAUCAGCAACAAACUUAUUGUUAGAUAUUACCGUUUUUGAGUCUUCGCGAAGAAUACGUGUUUGAGAAAAUGUUAGUAUGUAUGAGUGUUUGGUCUUCCAAGAAGGUGCUUUUAUCGAGGAAGGUAAUUUUGUCAAAAAUGGUUCUUCAGGCGUCUGCGACGUCUCACAAUGCUGAAGAUUGAUUUUUUUCGUAUGCCGCAUUUUGUGCUUGAAAUGUUUGCGGGCUUGAAGAUGUUUCACGCUAUUGCAAGGGUUUAGUCUUAGCCCUGCGUUUGAGAAAAACAUUUUGGUUUGUCUACGGAUGUUUGCAACCAAAAUUGUUGUUCCUGUUUGGAUGCUAAUAAUUUGAUUUGCGAUUGAGGAAUUAGGACUGAGGGGUCGCGUAAAUUUGUCUGUGGGAAGAAGCGAUUUCCUUCAUAGUGCUUUGUGAAGUGUUGGCCUUCUGAGAUCUAUUUCGUGCAUUUUUUAGGAUGUUUCGUAUAGCUCUAGAAGCUUUGUCACGAAUUUUUCCUUACAUGCCGCGUAAUAUGGGUAAAACAUAGUGGGCUUAAAGUGAAUUGUGGAAUGUAUCGAACUUAGUCGAUUGUCUACAAGUUUUGGUUUUUCGUUAACCGUUUGGUUGUUAGGACUGAGUUUCGUUACGAAGAAUUUAUCAUAUGAUUUGCGACGGUGGGCUAUACGAUAAUUAUUAUCUUAAUAGUCACACGACAUUUUUAGACAAAUCGUUGAUUGUUGUUUAGCCGUUAAGUGAUGGAGUGAUGGUUUCUCAAAUAGUUUGGCUUGGCGUGAAGGAUGUGUUCACUCAGAUAGCCAAGGAUGUUGUAGGUCAAGGAUUAGACCAUGGUACUUUAACAUUUAAGGCCAUGUUAGUUUACGAUCGUCCUUAAAGGGGAUGGAAAAUUCUGGUUCGGACCUUUACUGGAAGGCGUAAUUGACCGAGGGCCAAAGAGCGCUUGUCGAGAUUGAUAGGCCAAGUUUGCCAGAGUUAUCCGUGUUAAGAUGGCUGAUAGUCAUAGAAAACGAUUCUAUGCUUUAGGUUUCAGUUAUACGAUGAAUGUUUCGUAUAAUGUUACCUAUAGUCUUAUGAAAAUUGAUUCGUUUUUGUCUGAAGAAGACGUAGCCUAAGAGGUUUGAUACAGAACCAGUGCGGAGUCAGUUGAGGGACGAUUGCCUACUCGGAUGCGACCGAGGGGAACGAAACGCAGAAGCCGGUGAGUCGCGUGGCUAAAAUAUAAGAUCCAUUAAAUCGUAAUGCGAAGAGAUCUCUCUUUAGAUUGGUCAUCCAAAGUCAGAUUUACAGCUUUGUGUUUGCUAUACAAAAUAUACCUUUUCGUAAAACCAAUUAUGUUUACUUUCAAAAGUUUCUUCGUAAGACUUGGUCUGAUUGUACGGAGGAUUUUUUGUGUAAGUAAUGGGGACCGGUUUUACAAAGAUUGUAAAUCGUGAUAUGUAUACACUUGUCAAAGUAGUGUUGUUUAUGCGGGUUUUACGAGAAACGUUUUUGUUGUGAUUUCGAUCUUAGGUGAAAGUUGCUUGGAGUUACUCAUGGAGUGUUACCGAAGUUUAUUUCACUACGAUCUAGUCGCUUAACGUUUUUCAUUGGUUUUUUGAGAGGACUCUCAUGACACAUUCGUUUCUGGAACAAAUUGGUCAACCAUAGGUAGAUCUAGCCAACGAUUGGGAAGAAAGUGUUCCCUUUAAUGUGCUUGAUGCUACAUAUAUUCUCGAGUUUUCUUCUUCACAAAUGUUCUCGAUGCUUUUCCGUGACUCACUUGGUUCAACGGAAACUGAAAAUAAUGCUUUGAUGCUUGAAGAUUUCUCGUAGAAAUUUUUAUACGAAAAUGGCUUUAUAAAGCCAGAAAGGGCUUCAAGACUUUGGCUAAUCAUCGUGUUUUAGUUUGAUAUUUGUGCAGGUUUUCUAUAUGCAUGAUUGCGACAAGAAAUGUUGUAUAGUCUUUUGAGAUAUGUUCAUGAUCGUCUGGAUAUGUUUCUAGAGUUUAGACGAAUUUUAGAUUGUCGUUUGCUUUUUUGGGACGAUUUGCAAAAGUUUUUAAAGCUUGGGAGUAUACGAGUAUAGUAUUUGUACCUACUCCCCCCCCCCCUCUCUUUUUUUUACAACAGAAAACGGUUGAACCGAUACUUUGAAAGGUUAUGAACGUUUCUUCUUCCGUGGAUUGGAAUGAUCGACAGUCUUGGUUGAUUUAAAGACGAUGCUGAGACUGUGAAUUGGAUGUUGACGACUUGGGAUAUGUCGGCUUUAAGAAAAUUGCUAGAAACGAAUCUGUUUUAAGUCGACGUUCGUGUCUCUAGUUCUUUCUUUCUUUAGGAAGUGAUCUGAAUAUGCAUGGCGAUCAUUUUUCGAUUUUCAGAGAAUUUAGAUCGGUUUGCAAGAUCUGCCUGAACAGUCAUGGAACAAUAUACCGGGACAGGAAAAAUCACCUAAGACUUAGUUCGCUAGACUAUCCACCUAGGUUUUAAGUUCCCUAAAGUUCUAUGGCAGUCUCAAAGGCGUUUCUAUUUCUUAGUAAUUUCCUACGAAAAUUUCAAGCCUGAUUUCAAGUCGGAAAUACCUUAGUUCUCUUGAAGGUAGGGUUAGCCUCUUCUCCGUUUUGCUUGCUCAUUUGCCCUUACUCUUUUCGUGUCUGUCUGCCCAUUUUCGAAUAGCAAGAAUAUUGAUUCUUCCUGGACCUCUCUGCUUUCCUGGCCAUGUUUAGGCUGCCUGCCAAUAUUUGUGGUUUUCGUGAUCCAUGUUUCAAUCUUUGUAUCAUUGGAUUUAUUAAAAUGAAUGAGCAUCUCGUCGAAAACCUUUUUAGCGUUUUAGGAAUAGCCAGGGAUGAUCAAAAGGUGCCAAGGAUGAUCAGGAGGUGCCAAGGAUGAUCAGGAAGAUUUGCAGGUGAUGAGAUUUUGGCGACAGAUCGAGGCGCGAGAGGAAGAAUGGUGAGACCGUAGAGAGAGGCGGAUGGGCGAAUUUUGAUUCUCGGAUUUCGCUCCACCUCUUUUCUUAUCCGAGAUUAUUUUUCUACGAUUGUUGUUAGAUUUUCGAAGGUUGUCAACUGUUGCCAACUUUAGUUUUAAGAAAGUUAUUUCGAAAAAUAAUAUCGAGUUUAAUUUUACGAAAGUUAUUCCGCAAAAUGUUAUCGAUUUUAAUUUACGAUAGUUGUUUCAUAAAAGGUUGUCGAGCUUAAUUCUUGCAAAGGUUAUUUCGCAAGAUGUUGUCGAGCAUAAUUUUACGAGAUUUGUUCCGUAAAGAAGUUUUCAAGUUUUGGUUGUACGAGAGCCGUGAAGGAGUUAAUUAUUGCAACCAAACUAAAUCAGAAGUUUUUCUCAUAUCCGUGGGAUUGAUCCGUGGAAGUUUCGAGUAGUUUUUUUCCGAAGUAAGAUUUAGGCGACAAACAUCGACAACUCGCAGAAUUUGUUACUAUGGAAGUGAUACUUGAAUUCUUACGAAACCUUAGGCUUCAGAAAACGUUUUAGCGGUGGGGAUGCGAUCUCCCGUUUUGCUUUAUUUAGUCUCCACGGACCAUAUGGAAGGCUUUGCCUCCUUAAAUAAAAAGAUCAAUAUGGUAGACUGUUUUCUCGAAUCAUGUGGUAGGCCAAGCCUCUGAUUUUAUUUAUGCCUUUUAUUUAUGCAUCUUAAUUAUGCAUUUAAAUUUCUAUCUUUAUUAUAUUUUUAUAUUACUAUUCUACGAAUACGGUUAUUAAGUCGAAUUUGACAAAGCUCGAAAUAACUACCCUUGAUAUUACUGAGAAUAAUUAUAUGACUUCGGCAGUAGGUGCAAAGAUGCACCAAAGAAAAAAAUGAGCUUUUAUAAAUCAUCGAUGAGUUGAAAAAUGUAUCGGAUGAGAAAAAGAUAAAGCCAUGAUAUUUUACACUAGUUCAAUGAUGGUUUAUAAAAUGAGAUGUAUCAUAAUAAAUAUCAUGAAGAUCUUUGAAUAAUUAAAUCCUUGAAAGAAAGGAUUCACCAAAAAUAUUUGGAGUUGAUGUAAAUCCUAUGUGUAAACUGAACAAAAAAAAAAUGAACUCAUGAUAAUAAACAAUCAUGUUCGUCCCACUAGGAAAGAACGAGGGUGUGGGCGCGGAAAAUACUGCUAUCGUGGUCGUACAAGUGGAUGAGGAAGAAGAUUUCGUUCUAUGAUGAAAGAAAUAAUUAAAACUUUCACUAAAAUGAAAGUGGCCAGGUGAUCAAAGGCAAACAUAAAAUUUUAUUAUAUAUACGACAAGAAGGAAUAUUGAGUACGUAUUUUUCAUACACAAAAAUAUUUAGCGAUAUGUAUCAAGAAUCAAAAAUAAAAUUCACCUCUUAUGAGCUAGGACUAUCUUUUCAGGGUUUAAAUAAUAAUACUCAUCUUGAUAUUUUAGAUUUUCAGGUUGAUCCAAAAAAUAAAAAAAAUAUCGAUGUGACAUGAGAAUUAUCUUCCUGGAGAAGAUUUUGUGAUUCAAGAUAGAUAUAUAUAUAUAUAUAUAUAUAUAUAUAUAUAUAUAUAUAUAUAUAUAUAUUGGGUAGAUAAUGCUUUAUCGUACAUGGUUAUUAAAAGAAACAAAUAUCUCUCCUCUCUCAAAAUAAGUAUUAUUUUAGAAAUCGUAACUAGAAUAUCUUGUAAUACAAAAAUUAUUAUUGGCUAUAUGAGAGCUUAUGUUGAAAUAACAUGCAUAAAAAAAGAUGGCAAAAGUAUAAAUGGCAGUAAACUUGAAGUUUACUAAUAUAUAGCUAUUUCCAAUUAUGUUAUCGAGAUCACUGUUUAAUGUUAAAAACCCGAAGUUUUUAAUCUAUAGCAUGUGUUAAAGAAAAUAAAAGAAAACAUCAUAGGAGAUGAAUUAUAAAGCAAGUCUAUUGGAUAUGAUUUCUUUAAACAGACCCAAUUCAUAAUCCCACAUUAAAAGAUUUAAAACAUAAUUUAAAAUAGGCAACAUAAUAUGCUAGUGGUUCUAAAGUGGGAUUCAACACGAGAUAGAUGGACAUGAUGUGUCAUCAUCUCGAGGGAGAGAAUUAAAGAAUCCAAGUGAGUGAAAGAUUCAGAAAAUUAUGUUUGCUUUUGAAAAUGAAUUUGACAAAGUAAUUUCAAGUAAGAUGAGAUAAUAUCUCUAUGAUCGGGUAUAAACAUGCAAUUGUGCAUAUAAUAAAGACAUACAAUCCAAAGGGAUAAAGUAUAUGAAAUAAUUAGAUAUAUGCUCGCAAGGACGCUAGAAGCAUAUAAGCAGUUGAUAAAUGUGAUAUGAGAAAUGAAUUAUCAUGAAAAGUUAUGUAUCCUCAUAUAAAUGUUUCAUAUGAUAAUCUUUUUACAAAAUGACUGCCAGACCUUUUGAUGAAAUCAUGAAAUCUCAUAUUUGUGGGAACCUAAAUUUGCACGGUCGAUUUUCAUUAAAAUUAGGAAAGUCAAGAAACCCUAACUUUCCUAGAGUUCCCGGAUUCUCUGCGAGAGCCAACGACAAGUAACCAAAUAAAUGCGAAAAAUAUGUAAAGACAAUAAAGCGAGUUUAGAAAGAGUUAAUCUUAUUUCGAAUCCGCGUAAGAGCGUUGCGAUCAUUACAAAAGAUUACAAAAGCUUCGGCCGCAAGAGCUGUCAGCGAGUUCCCUAGUUCUAACGACCAAAAACCUUAAACCUAGUUGACUCGCAGCUCGAUAAGAACAAAUGAAAAAGAUAUGAAAAAGGUUUUGAUUUGAUUUCGAACUGAACCUUAUGAAAGGCUGCCUAUGUACGCCUUUCGAGAAUCAAGCCGAACGUAGUUCGAUUGAAAGAGUAGACCAAGAGAUCGAACUGCCUGGGCCAGUUCGUCUAGUAAUUGGGUGCCAGUCAUAGAAAAGAGCAUGUCGAGAUUAAUGCAUAAAAGUUUCUAAGUGCAGAGAGUUCUAAAUCU